AUGUGGCCUUUCCUGAGCUCUGCGCUCUUCCCGCCUCCCACCGAGGCCUGGCUUCAGACCGUGUCCUUGGACCCCGAGGCCCAGGGCUGGGGGGCCUGGGGUGGAGCCAGGAAGACCCCUCCAGGCCCCAGGCGAGGGGCUGGAAGAGCUGAGGAUGAUGAAGACGAUGAAGGCUUCUCCCUGUCUCUUUUGGAGCUGGCGGACCUGGCCCAGUGCCCUGUACCUGACCGGGCCGAGGAGCCACCAGAACCACUCUGCUCUCAGGAAGACGCCAGAGAGGAGAAGGGUCUCAGAGCCUGGAGGCGGCUGAGCCCCAAAGCCACAGGACGCCCCUUCCCAGAGCUCCCCAAGGAGAAGGUGGAGGCUGACCACAGAUCCAUCUUUGUGGGCAACGUGGACUACAGGGGCACAGCCCAGGAGCUAGAGAACUACUUCAACCAGUGCGGGGAGGUUCAUCGCGUCACCAUCCUGUGUGACAAGUUCUCAGGGCACCCCAAGGGCUAUGCCUACAUAGAGUUUGCCUCCCAGAGCUCUGUCCAGGCCGCAGUGGAGCUGAACCAGAGGACCUUCCGAGGACGCGUCAUCAAGGUACUGCCCAAGAGGACCAACUUCCCCGGGAUCAGCUCCACAGACCGUGGAGGACUGUGGGUUGGAGCCCUGUCCCGUCAGCUCAGGGACGAGUGGCGGAGGCCUCACCCACCUCCAUGUGGGCCCAUGGUGGCCCCGGUGAAAGUAGGGACACUCGGCUUCUCCAUGGACGGAGCCAUCCUGCACUGA